AUGUCCCUGUUUCCGUUGAUAAGAGUUAAUAUCCACGACCGGAUGACGUUGGAGAUCGGGGACCUCGUCACCACUGACGAAGACCUUGUGCAGAGUAAUAAGAUACAAUUACAAAUUUUGGUCGAUUUUAUGUCGACCCACAAUCACCUUGCCACUGGCGAGUUCACGGGACCCUUAGGAGCCAAAAGGGCAAACUCCCAGUGGCAAAAUUUAAAGUCGUUACUGAAGGAGCAUGGACCAGACAGGACGGUUGAGCAGUGGAAGCAGACAUGGAAGGACAUCAAAAAAUGCGCGCGUACCGAUAACGCUGCGGCAGCUCGGGGACACAGCAGCACCGGAAACACUAAAAUUGUGCCAAUAGUCUCAGAUAUUAGCACAAAAGUGCUCAAUAUUAUUGGGCAUGAAUGCUCCACGGGAGUUGGACCUGAGGAAUCCAUAAUAGGCCAGGCAGAUAGUAUAGAUGGAAGGCUGAAGGAACAAAAUGAUCUUCUCCGCGAUCGCAAUCAGUUGCUCCAUUUUCUCGAAGAUUUUAAUAAAAUGUAUUGA